AUGACGAUCAAGUACCUCAUUCUGCUGUCCCGGCAGGGCAAAGUGCGCCUAGCCAAGUGGUUCACCACCCUCGCCCCCAAAGACAAGGCCAAGAUUGUCAAAGACGUCUCGCAACUCGUCCUCGCCCGCCGCACCCGCAUGUGCAACUUCCUAGAGUACAAAGACACCAAGAUCGUAUAUCGCAGAUAUGCGUCGCUCUUCUUCAUCGCCGGCUGCGACUCGACCGACAAUGAGCUGAUCACGCUCGAAAUCGUCCACCGCUACGUCGAGCAGAUGGACAAGUACUACGGCAACGUUUGCGAGCUCGACAUCAUCUUCAACUUCCAAAAGGCCUACUUCAUCCUGGACGAGCUACUGCUUGCCGGUGAGAUGCAAGAGAGCAGCAAAAAGAACGUGCUCCGGUGUAUAGGACAACAGGACAGCCUCGAAGAUAUGGAGUACCUCGAUUUGUGCGCCCUCCACGAGGUCAACCUCGCCCUCAACUUCGACACGCAAGACACGGCAAUCAUCGGCGGAUGCGAUCUCUGGACGAUUAAAGCAGCGGGAAGCGACAAGAAGUUGUACAAGCGCAUCGAGAGGACGCUCGAGGAGCGGCACAAGGACCUGCUAUCAGCGGUUGCGGGGCUGUCCGAGCAGUCUGCAGCUCAGUUCGCAGACCAACUCGACAUCUCCCGAGACACGCCGUUCGGAUCCUUCAGCGAAGCAGCAAACCGUCACACCUUCGCAUACCUCAUCGCGACGCUCAAUGCCACACACAUCGAUUACGACUUCGCGAACACGCUGAACCCUGAUGAGUUCCGUCGCGAGACCAUCCACAGCUUCAUGCACAAGAUCGACACUACAAUGUACUAUCUUCGCCCGCAAGUGUACUCCGCCGGACUACCAGCAGGCGCAGUCACACCGCUUGGGUCGCCGAUAUGGAGUCCGCGAAGUUGGCACCUGCUCGAUACGGAGAUGGACAUGUCGAGCUGUGAAUACUAUGCAUGGGAGCCGUCAGAUGACCCCUUCGCUGAUGACGGUGCGAUUUGGAGUCACCACUUCUUCCUGUACAACAAGGAGCGCAAGCGAGUUGCAUACUUCUAUCUCCGCGGAAUAUCGGCUCUGUCGAAUUCACCCAGCGUGGCCAUGUCACUAAUGUCCAAGUUCAAAGCAUCGAAGUACGAGUCCAGUGCGAAUGCGGGCAGUAGGAAGCGCGCGGAAUACUGGCUCGGCGAUCGUGCUAGGAAGGGGCUUGAGGCAUAUGGAGACAGUGAUGAGCUCGACAACAUGGUCAUUGACCACCCCGGCGAUGUCGUCGAUGCAGAACAACAGCGGUACCUGCCAGCCAGAGACAUGAGCAUGGACGCCGAGUACUACGAGAGCGAUGACGACAGCGACGUUGAGUCACUGGUAGACCGAGAGAGGGCCGUGAGUAAGAUACGGACGAUGAGCGAGGGCAUCAUUGAGAGGAUGGAGCUUUGA